CUGAUUCAGGAGUUCGCCUUUACACACAAUGUUUCUUAUAUUUGCAUGUAGACUUUUAUUUCUUUGAGAUUUGCAUGUCAUAAAUCUUAAUAGCUGUUCCAUAAUGUUGCCUCGCAGAUCAAGUCGAAGAGUGGGUAGUUUUACAGCUGAAGUAGAAAAUGGAGCCCCAUUACCACCGCCCAAUCCUACCACAAAUUUACAAGGGGAUGAAGUUAAACCACUUUCUGGAAAACCAUACUGUCUUAUGAUUCUUUCAAAAACAAAUCUCAGUCCCCGUUAUGCAAUGGGGCCGUCCACCAGCAUAAAGUUAAAACUUCCUUCUACUAUGGUCCGUACUGUUCUCACAUAUAAGGGCAAGAGCUGGGACAUGGUGUAUAAUGGACAUAGAAAAGGAUGGAAAUUGUUUGCUGCCAAAGGCUGGAAAAAGUUUGCGGUUGAUAAUUGUUUGAAGAUUGGAGAUGCAUGCAUUUUAGAGCUCAUGGAAAGCAGAAACAAGAAAAUCAUCUUCAAUGUUCAAAUUCUUAGAGGAGACAUCCCAUCCAAAUUUCUUGAAAAUGACACCAUGGGUCAGACUGCAGAAAUGGCAAUUGUCAUCGACUAA